AUGUACUGCGAACUCAGCAACAUUGCCUCUCACUCUUGGCUUCAGGCGUCCAACGAAGAUGACGAUGACAAGCCCAACGAUGGGUACAAAGUGCCCGAGAAGGUGGGAGUGCAAGAGCUGCUGGCCAAGGACCAGAAUGACGAGUCUCUCCGGAGGUACAAGGAGCAGCUUCUGGGAGCAGCUGCCAAAGGUCAGCUGGCCGUCGACCCCAACGACAAGCGCAGAGUUGUGAUCACAGAACUCAAGAUCCUCUUCGAGGAUCGACCUGGAGGCGACAUCACAUACACCCUCAACACGCCACAGGACGUCAAGGCCAUGAAGUCGAAGCCAUUCGUCUUGAAGGAGAAGUGCAACUACAAGAUACAGAUAUCCUUCCGCGUCCAGCACGAGAUUGUUUCAGGUUUGAAGUACAUCAACAAGGUGUACAAGGCAGGAUUGAGAUUGCGGAAGGACGAGGAGAUGCUCGGGAGCUAUGCUCCCCAACCACAACCCUACGUCGUGACCAUCCCUAGACAAACUUGGGAAGAGGCUCCGUCCGGAUGGUUCGCUCGCGGGGGGUUUACGGCGAACUCUUCGUUCGCAGAUGAUGACGGGGUCAAGCACUUGGAGUACGAGUACGCUUUCGAGAUCAAGUCUGGCUGGAGUUGAAGGUGGGAAAACUCCCU